AGGCCCUGCGAUGAGUUGGCGACUUGUCCAGGGUGUAUACCGCCUUUCGCCCGAUUGUAGCUGAGAUAGGCACCAGCGCCCCCGCAACCCCAAAAGGAAUAAGCGGUAGAAAAUGGAUGGAUGAUACAGUGAUCAUACCAUACCAGAAGACAGAUCAGAAAUAUAUAUGUGAUAUAGUCCUGUCAAAACGUUUACAAGUGCGUGCUGCUCUUGAAUGCGCUUUUACGGAGUCCCCGGACGUAUACAGCGUCUCUUCUCAUUGGCUCACACCGCGGAAGUGAUUGACAUGAGAGUGGACAGAGUUCAGAGUACGGUUCUUUUAAGUUCUGAUUGUGAUUAGUUACUAACUAUAAUACAAGUUAUCUUGAAAAGCAGCCGUUACCGGACAACUAUGGAGGAAGUGACGGGAGCUGAACUCAUUGCUGAGUCGCUUAAAAAUCAGAAAGUGGAGUACAUGUUUGGAAUUGUUGGCGUUCCUGUCAUUGAAGUAGCCAUGGCCGCUCAGGCUGCAGGAAUCAAAUAUGUGGGUAUGCGAAAUGAACAAGCGGCAUGCUAUGCUGCAUCCGCCAUUGGAUACCUCACUGGGAGACCUGGCGCCUGCCUCGUGGUGUCUGGACCAGGACUCAUUCAUGCGCUGGGUGGAAUGGCCAACUCUAACAUGAACUGCUGGCCUGUUAUUGUUAUUGGGGGAUCCUCAGAUAGAAACCAAGAGACAGCAGGGGCCUUUCAGGAGUUUCCUCAGGUGGAAGCGUGUCGUUUGUAUAGCAAAUUCUCUGCCAGGCCAAGCUCCCUGGAAGCAAUCCCUGCAGUAAUCGAAAAAGCUAUUCGCACAAGCAUCUACGGGCGUCCAGGCGCUUCUUAUGUGGACAUUGCAGGGGACAUGGUGAAUGCCAAAGCAGACAGAAGCAAAGUUAGAUUUGUAAACUGUUGUCCGCCUCCUCCCAUCUGUCUGGCUGACCACAAUGCAGUGACAGAAGCUAUUGCUGUCCUAAAAUCCGCCAAAAGACCUAUAGUCAUAAUUGGCAAAGGUGCAGCAUAUGGCCGAGCAGAAGCCCACCUGAGGGACUUUGUGGAAUUGAGCCAACUGCCCUUCCUUCCCACACCAAUGGGCAAGGGAGUGCUGCCCGAUGACCACCCCAAUUGUGUGGCGGCUGCCCGAUCAAGAGCUCUGCUCCAGGCGGAUGUUGUGCUACUUCUUGGAGCCCGACUCAACUGGAUCCUUCAUUUUGGUCUGCCACCUAGAUUCGACCCCAAUGUCAAGGUCAUCCAGGUUGACCUCCGUCCUGAGGAGAUGGGGAACAAUGUAAGGCCAGCUGUCGCUCUCCUGGGGGACGUAAAUGCUGUUGUCAAUCAGCUGCAAGAGGGUAUUGUUAAUGAUGGCUGGAAGUAUCCCUCUGACACAAUAUGGUGGAGCGAUCUAAAGCAGAAAAUGGCCGCCAAUGCAAAAAUCACAAACGCAUUUGCUCUGCGGUCGACGUUGCCUAUGAAUUACUACACAGUGUUUCACCACGUCUCCCAGCUGCUGCCACACGAUUGCGUCAUCGUCAGCGAGGGCGCCAACACAAUGGACAUUGGACGCACUAUGUUGAAUAACUACUUACCACGGCACAGGUUAGACGCUGGGACUUUCGGAACAAUGGGAGUGGGCCUCGGCUUCGCUAUAGCUGCAGCGGCUUUGGAAAAAAGCAAAACAAAAGGCAGGAGGAUCGUCUGUGUGGAAGGUGACAGUGCCUUUGGCUUUUCUGGCAUGGAGGUUGAAACCAUGUGCAGGUAUAGUCUACCUGUGGUGGUGAUCGUGGUGAAUAAUAACGGUAUAUACAGCGGAGUAGACGCUGACACAUGGAAAGAAAUGGCAGCCAUGGGAGAUCUGACCAGCAUAGCGCCUCCUGUGACCCUCCUGCCUGAGGCGCGCUACGACCAGGUCAUGUCUGCUUUUGGCGGUCGCGGUUUCCUGGUAAGGACGGUGGAGGAGCUGCAAAUUGCCUUGCAGCUCAGCUUGAGUGACUGGGAGAGACCCAGUCUGAUCAACGUGCUCAUCGACCCUUCCUCAGACAGAAAGCAGCAGGAGUUUCCUUGGCUGACCCGUUCCAACUUGUAGACUGAAACGUUUCCACUAAAACCCCUGAAAACAGAAAAAUUUAAUAUGUUCCGAUAAUGACUACAAUAUAUUUUGAAUGUAAAAAAAAAAAAAAAUGUAUAAAUAACGCCACAAUAAAACUAAUAUAUAUCUAAUCCUAUAAAAUUAGUACUAUGUUUUUUGUGCCCACUCGCGAAUAAUUCCACUUAACCAACAAAAGAUAGUUAUAACCCUUCUGUGGGCUUAAUGUUCUUCAGUAAUACAAAAACAGUUAUGAUUGAGCAGGAGUACGAGUGACCAACAAAAUCAUUCUUUAUAUAUAAUAUUAAAAAUUAUAUCUGGAAAACUGAACUUUACGCAACAUGUGCUCAUUAUAGAUGUGUGUUCACAAUAUAGAGGACAUCCCUCACAUUUCAGCACCCAUUUUUAUUACAGAAUACCUUUUCAAACUUGAAUAGGCUUGGAGUAGUCAUUGUACAUCUAGAAAAGCAGUAUAGAUUUACUGUCCUGAAAAUUAAUCAACGCACAGCAAUUAUUGUCUAAAAACUGCCAGCAACAGAAAUGAGUAAAAGCAAGACCAUUGUGUCUUGGCUACAGUCAAACAUCGUCUGAGGCUACAUAAAUGCUGCCAGCAGAGAAGAGUUGCGGUUAAAUUUUCAUGUGCUGUACAGUAUUUUAGACAGGAAAAAAUACUGUUUUAAGCAAUCUUUUGAGGGUCUUAAGUAUAUGGUGUAUCAAUUCAAUUGACAAUUUUCGGACCCUUCUUUGUCAUGAGGCAGCCUGCUAUUCCAAUUAGCAGGACACACUAAAGUGCUUACUUAGUUGUCAAAUACAAAACCCAAAACCAGUGAAGUUGGCA